AUGUUACACAAAUCGGCGACUCUCCGUUCAAAGGGUCAAAUAAUUCAAAACGUUGCUUUUUAUUCUUCGACGAAGACUCGUCGAGUAAUCGCGAUAAGAAGAGAAGAUCAGUCAGUAUGGGAAAGACGAGCGCCAUUUUCACCAUCGAACGUGAAAAGUCUCGUCAGAGAAGGAGUGAAGGUCAUCGUCCAGCCCUCCAAUCGGCGAGCAUACCCUAUGCAGUCUUACAUAAAUGCUGGGGCGAUAGUGCAGGAGGACAUCAGCGAAGCCAGCGUUAUAUUUGGAGUGAAGCAAACUCCUAUUGAUCUACUUAUACCUAACAAGACGUACUGUUUUUUCUCUCAUACAAUCAAGGCACAGGAAGCCAACAUGCCAAUGUUGGAUGCUAUGCUGGCAAAGAACAUUCGUUUAAUAGACUACGAGAAGUUGAUGGACGACAAGGGGAAUCGGGUAGUCGCCUUCGGGAAGUACGCAGGAGUUGCAGGAAUGGUGAACAUUCUGCACGGACUCGGUCUGAGGCUAUUGGCUCUCGGACACCACACUCCCUUUAUGCAUAUAGGUCCCGCUCACAACUACCGGAAUUCUAGUAUGGCCCGCCAAGCUAUCCGGGACGCGGGAUACGAAGUUGCCUUGGGAAUGAUGCCCAAAUCCCUUGGACCACUGACAUUCGUAUUUACGGGAUCCGGAAACGUCUCGCAGGGUAGUCAAGAAAUCUUUCAAGAACUCCCACACGAAUACGUUCCGCCUGAGAUGCUGAGGAAAGUCGCAGAGCACGGGAGUCCAAACAAGAUAUACGGUUGCGAGGUGCGCAGACGUCAUCAUCUGGUGCGGAAGAACGGCGGCGGUUACGACGCUGAUGAAUACGAAGAGCAUCCAGAGAGAUACAUAUCCACUUUCGCUCAGAAAAUCGCACCAUACACAUCCGUGCUGGUCAAUUGCAUCUAUUGGGCAGUUGACAGUCCGAAACUACUCACGAUACCUGAUGCGAAGCACCUCAUCAUGCCGGCACAUACCCCGUGGUUACCGAAGAGCAUCGGAGCCCCGGCGUUACCGCACAGAAUGCUGGCAAUCUGUGACAUAUCAGCAGACCCCGGAGGUUCCAUCGAGUUCAUGAAUGAGUGCACUACAAUCGACACGCCCUUCUGCUUGUAUGACGCUGACAGAAACAAGGAUACGAAGAGUUUCAAAGGUGCAGGAGUACUUGUGUGUUCCAUCGAUAACAUGCCAACUCAACUGCCUCGUGAGUCGACCGAUUUCUUCGGGGACCUACUCUAUCCGUACGCAGAGGACAUCAUGAAGUCUGAUGCUACCAAACCACUGGAGGAACAUAAAUUCUCGUCCGUUGUUCAUGGGUCUAUCAUCACUAGCAAUGGAAGAUUGACUCCAUCUUUUGAAUACAUUAAUGAGCUACGCAUGUCGAAUACUCGUUCCCGUCACAAAGUGGAAGGUAACGACCAGCAGUCGCCAAUAGUGAUCCUCGGCAGCGGAUUGGUGUCCGCUCCCGUUGUGGAAUACCUGUCCCGGGAUAAAAACAUUGCUGUGACAGUCGCAUCAGCAGUGAAAGAGGAAGCAGACGCUCUAGCAGAGAAGUACGGUGUCUCAUCCGAAUACUUCGAAGCUAAUGACGAAGCAGCCCUUAAGGCCCUUACCUCUAAAGCCAGACUGGUAAUUUCUCUUUUACCCUAUGGCCUGCACGGGACUGUGGCUAAGGCCUGCCUCAAUUCUGGAGCACAUUUGGUUACCGCGUCAUAUGUUAGGCCCGAAGUACAGGAAUUACACAAAAGCGCGAAAGAAGCGGGUCUGACGUUCCUCAAUGAAGUAGGACUCGACCCCGGCAUCGACCACUUGCUCGCGCUGGAGUGUAUUCACAACAUACAGAGCCACGGAGGAAGGAUUGACUCGUUCGUCUCUUACUGUGGAGGUUUACCGGCACCGGAAUUUAGUGACAACGCACUCCGUUACAAAUUCUCAUGGAAUCCUCGUGGAGUUCUACUGAACACGAUAUCCAGUGCUAAAUAUCUGAGUAAAGGACAGAUCGUAGAAGUGUUGAGCGGCGGUGAGCUGAUGUCAGUGGCUCGAGAGCUGGACUUCCUCCCUGGAUUCGCGUUCGAAGGGUUCCCCAAUAGAGACAGCACGAUCUACUCUACGUUAUACGGUAUAGAAGAGGCACACACAAUGUUCAGGGGCACUAUCCGAUACAAAGGAUUCGCUGAGACGAUGAAAGCCUUACAGCUCUUCGGUUUGGUGGAUCCAAACUCACAUCCAUCUCUACAUCCAGACGGACCUAACAUUACAUGGCGUCAAUUUGCCUGUGAACUUCUUGGUCUGCUGGACCAGUCGAUAUUCUAUGACAACUUGAAGUCCCGGGCAGCAGAACAAUUGGGGCCAGUCGGAGCUCAAGCCGUAGAAUCCUUGGGACUGCUCAGUGAUAGCGAAAUCGUCAAAUGCGGCACUCCGUUGGACACGAUCAGUCAUUACCUUAGUAAAAAGCUGCAGUUAGACAAGGACGAGACAGACUUCGUGGUUCUGCGACACGAGCUCGGAGUUACGUGGAGCGACGGUAAAAAGGAGAAACGAGAGGUCACCAUGACGGUCAGGGGAGAUCCUGCGUCUCAUACAGCUAUGGCCAGAACUGUAGGAUUGCCGACGGCCAUUGCCGCUAAGAUGGUACUUGAUGGUGAGAUCCAAGAACGCGGAGUGGUCCUUCCAUUCGCGCCGGUCGUGUACAAGUCUCUGUUGUCCAGACUCAGGUCUGACGGAAUCACAGCCAAAGAAACGUCAAGGCCACUCAACUGAAUCUUAUUUGUAAACAAUAAAUACGACAACUGAUAUUAUCAAUUCACUUUCAUCUGUAAAUAUAAAAUCAGUGACAAUCGUUU